AUGUGCGGCAUCGCAGUCAUCGCCGCCCCACGCGCCGGCGACGCCCACCCGUGCCUCCUCUCCCGAGUGGCCGCCCGCGGGCCAGACAGCACUACGUCGGCCGUCCUCGCCCCGGGCCUCGUCCUCACCGCCUCGGUCCUCUCGCUCCGUGCCCCGUUCACCGCCCAGCCGCUGCACGACGAGGACUCGGGCGUUGUCAUGGCCUUCAACGGCGAGCUCUACGACGGCGCCUUGCUCUCCUACCGCGACUCUGAGGUGUGCGACUCGGCGGCGCUCGCCGCUGCCGUCUUUGACGCCUUGUCCGUCGCAAACCCACCCACGCCCGCCGCCGCCGCCGCCGCCCUCCGCCAUGCCCUCGCUGCUGCCGUCGAUGUCGGCGAGUGGGCACUCGUCGUCUGGCUCCCGGCGCUCUCGACUCUCCUCUGGGCCCGCGAUCGCUUUGGCCGCCGCUCGCUGCUCGAGGCGAGAUCGGGUGACGGCGAGCUUGCCGCCGUCGCCUCGGUCGCCUGCCUCUGUGAGCCCGACCCGUCGUCUCCGGCUCUCGACUGGUCGCCCGUCUUCCCUGCUGGCGUCUACGGCGCGAGCUGGGAUCCGGAUGCUGGCCGUCUGAGCGAGCCAGUUCUGGCGGAGUUUCAUCCCGUCCCCGGCCUCCCGGCUAUGGAGCUUCUGGAUCUCCUCCCGCCACCCGCCGCCGCCGCCGCCGAGCCAGAUUGUGAGCCGGUUGUCGUUGCAGCGUCCGAUCUGCUUCCUGCUGUCGAGAGCCUCGGCGCGCUGCUCACCGAAGCCGUCGCCCGCCGAGUCGUCAAUGUCCGUGACGCGGCUUCGGUCGGUAUUCUCUUCUCGGGUGGACUCGAUUCUAUGGUUGUCGCCGCCCUUGCCCACGCCGUUCUCCCGCCGCACACUGCCAUCGAGCUCAUCAACGUGGCCUUUGCCAAGGACGCCGCGCCCGAGGACGCGUUCAACACGCCCGACAGGAUGACUGGUACUGCUAGCGCCGCCCACCUUGUCGAGCACUACGCCCCCGAUCGGACAUGGAUUUGGGUCCCCGUCAAUGUCCGCGCCGCCGACCUCACCGCCGCCACCCCAGCCAUUGCCGAGACUGUCGCGCCCGCCGCCACCGCCAUGGACCUCUCCAUCGGCGCAGCACUUUACUUUGCCUCGAGUCUGGAAAGGCGUGCAGACGCCACGGCGCCACUCGCCCCGGCACGUGUCCUCCUCACCGGCCUCGGCGCCGAUGAGUUGCUUGGUGGCUACACUCGGCAUCGCGCUCGCUGGACCCGUGGCGGAUGGUCGGCGCUCUCUGCAGAGCUCGCACUCGACUUUGCCCGGCUAUGGCGCCGCAACCUUGGCCGCGACGACAGAGUUGUGGCCGCCCACGGCUGCGAGCUCCGUCUCCCGUUUCUUGACGAGGACGUUGUCGCCUUUCUCACCAGCCUCCCGCUGGCGUGGCGGACCGAUCCGAGCCGCGAGCGCGGCGUCGGCGACAAGCACCUGCUCCGUGCCCUCGCGGCCCAGCUCGAGCUUGGCGCCGCCGCUGCCGCGCCCAAGCGUGCCAUUCAGUUUGGCUCGCGCAUCGCAAAGGUUCUGCCCAAGUGUGACGGUACGACAGCGCUCGGGGCGCUCGGCCUCUGAGCUCGGGGCGCUACUCAAACUGGGCCCACGUUGGGACCGACGCAUUGCGCGACCGCAUCACCGUGUUGUACGCCAUGAGGCCCGACGGAUUGGUCCCGGUCUUGAGCGUCCGCAUCGGCGAGAACACAGGCCCGCGCUGGGUCCGCAUUGUGGCCGACGCUGCCGCCACAGGCAGGAACUCGAUGAGGUCUGCGUACUCGUGGCGGAGCUCGCCCACCGUACGGUCCUGGCCAUCGACCUUGACAAUCGUCUCGU